ACCCGGAUGUACUGUAUAGCCGCACCUCCCCCUAUUCGCCUUUCAACCUCGCUCGCUCUCUACACCAACACAACCUCCUCUGCGGAUCCACUGUAGCUGCUGCAGUGAAUCCGUCAUCCGUAAAGAGAAAAGGCUAGAGCAAGUCAAGCUGGUCUAUAUUUAUUACAGCCAGAAAUAUUUCCCUGAAACAGUCGUAAUUGAUUGUGCAACGUCGUCCUUUCAAAGUGUUUCCCUUGCGCACCAGGUGAAGAAACCCAACCGACAGAAUGGGAAACGAAGCAAGUUAUCCCUUGGAGAUGUGUACACACUUUGAUGCUGAUGAGAUUAAGAGGCUAGGAAAGAGAUUUAAGAAACUCGACCUAGAUAACUCUGGCUCCUUGAGCGUGGAAGAGUUUAUGUCCUUACCGGAACUCCAACAGAAUCCCCUUGUACAGCGAGUUAUCGAUAUAUUUGACACAGAUGGCAAUGGGGAAGUCGACUUCAAAGAAUUCAUUGAGGGUGUCUCCCAGUUCAGUGUCAAAGGUGAUAAAGAGAUGAAAUUGCGCUUCGCCUUCAGGAUCUAUGACAUGGACAAGGAUGGCUACAUAUCCAAUGGAGAACUCUUCCAGGUCCUCAAGAUGAUGGUGGGAAACAACUUAAAGGACACCCAGCUUCAGCAGAUUGUUGACAAAACCAUCAUCAACGCAGACAAAGACGGCGAUGGGAGAAUAUCCUUUGAGGAGUUUUGUGCGGUGGUGGGAGGAUUAGACAUACACAAAAAGAUGGUUGUGGACGUGUGACUGACCUCACGGGCCCCAUCAAAAUCCCUUUUCGCUUUCUUCUCCAUUUCUGAGGAUCUGCUCAAGGAGUCAUCCAGCAACGCUCUCUGUGUAUUUUUCAAUGGAAGUAUUUUUCUCUGUGAAGCCACCUUUUUUCCAACCCGAGCCUUCUGAAGCCAACCAUUUUUAAGUGUUAUUGAACAUGAAUUCUCUCAAUAACCCGGUGUAGCACUUUAAAAGCCUGAAGGACAGCUUUUUAUCAAUGAGCGAGUAUUUCAGUUUGGUGGAGGAAGGUUAGUGUGUUACUUUUUCAUUUUGAGGCAGUUGGGAUUUUUUCAUAUUUAUUUUGGUCUUGGCUUUUUGGGGGGGGGGGGGUGUAGUUAGCUGUGAUGUAACUUGAUGUACUUGAUUUCAACACAACACAAAAAUAGAGCAUGAAGUGCCAAUCAGAACAUAUAAUGGUAUACAUCUUCUAUCAACAUUCGGUAGAAUUGCUUAUUUCAGUGUGCAUACUGCACGAUUCAAACAAUCCAAUUACAUUUUCAGGGCAAAUGCUUUCCCUGCUACUUUCACUCAAUAUUUUGAACAGCUAAGUUUUUAAGAUCAUGUAAGACAGCUUUUUUAAUAAGGGGGAUUGUGCACUAUACAUGUUUAUAUUGUCAGGGACAUCUAUCAUCUUGCUUUGAAGAUGCAGUGGAGUAGAGAAAAUAAUAUUUACAUUUCUGCACGUACAAGCUUACGGUUUACUUCAAGGACAAGUCUUUUUUGAGUCACUGGUUGGUUAUGCGAAUACUUUUCACCUUAAUCUCUUAUUCCAACAAAAAGCACGUCUUCAUUCUGGACGGUAUGACAUCGCAGCCCAUUAGAAUAUUCUCGUUAAUGUGUUUUGUAUUUAUUGCUUUGUCAGCCAUGUUAAGUUACAGAUAUGGAUUGGUUACAGACUAUCAAAUAGAAGUAGAGAUGAGUGCUUUUGGUUUAAAUGCUUGUGAUAUGGUAAAUCUUGCUUUUUUGGGGGUUGCAUUUAACAACUUAACUGCAGGCAGAGCUGAGGUAACUUACAGUAAGUAGGCUAUAGUUGGGGCAUUGAGGGAUGUUAUUAAGUUGGUUAGGCUUAUGAGAGGCGUUAAUUUCAACGUACACAUUUUGCCUUCUUGACAAUGUCAUUUGCAUCUAUUUCAUGAACAUCUUUUUAAUUCGGUUUCUCAAACAUUGUAUGGACUCUUGCCGUGAUUUGACGUAAUAGUGCAAGGUCACAGGUGGGCUGUCCCUCUUCCUCCCUACCUCCUGAACAUCCUUUUUUUCUCCUCUUGAGUUUUGUUGAGAAGAUGCAAUCAACAAGGGCAUUUUAUUACAAAGCUACCAACGUUCUUUACACAGAGAGAGGGGACAAGACAGAACAGGUUUUAUUUGUAUCUAUACAUUUUCAUGGAAUUUAAACGUAUUUUAAGUUUGUGGCUCUGCUUUUUUGCUCAACUGAAUGCACCAAGGGCGGGUGUUCGAGUGCGUGAUCCUGUGCCGCAUGCGCCCGCCUCGCACCGCUGUUUUCUUCAAUGGCGUGCUGCAUGACAUGGAGGGUUCUCUUUUUCUUUGUGCAUGUAGAUCCAUUUUUUGAAAAUCUCUAUGUUUACAUAUGAAUCUUAAUGUUAAUAUAUUAUAACAAGUGAAAAUGACAUGUAUACAUAUAUGGAUGUUGCCAAAAAAAUGAUUGGUAAAUGUUGAAUAAAUAUGGAAAUGACUAAAAGUAACUCCACUACAUGUAACUGUUAUUCUAAACAACUAUAAUCUUUUGGAUAUCUCUGUCACUUCUAUUCCAGCAAAGCUUCACUUAUGCCCCAGAGUAGACUACCAGCUCUGUUUCAGGGGGAAACCAUUCGAGAUGUUUUAUUGUUUUUGUAUAUAUCUUUUUUUUUACAGAUAUUUGUUAUAAACAUGGUAGUAUUAGUGUUUUUUUUUAGGUUUGUGCUAAAUGUGUCCACUAUUGGAGGAAAGGGAUCUGUAUAGGGUGUGUGUGUGUGUUUUAUUAUGGGGUGGUAUAGGAUGGAGGCAAAAAAAAACAGUUUCAGUCUUAGGUUUUACUUUUCUUCUUAUCCAUCUCUGCAUGCUGCAUCUGCUGUGGGAAAUAUUUAAACUUCAUACAUGAAAAAGAGAAAUAAACUAUUUGAAAGUU